AGUUUCCUUGGCUCUUUUCGGGUAGUAACAUCAUCAACCGAAGCGUCUGUCUCCUACAUACAUUCAAGUCCGAUAAGCAUUUGGCAAACAAGGUGAAAGGCGAGUGUUCGACUUGAACACUCGGGUUUACGCGCCAUACAAGUGUGCAAAUAAACAGUUUUCCGUCUGCAAAACUACCCUGUUUUCACAUGUUACAGCAAAGCAGUGUGGUCCAAAUUUAGAUCCCAAGAUGAAUUUGCACAUCUUGUACUACUGGAUCCUUGUGGUGACAAGUUUGGUAUUCUAUUCCUAUGUGCACUUGUCCUACUAUGUCCAGAUGUACUUCACCAAACUCAUGGUGGCUCCUCCCAAGGAUGCCUCCAACUACGACUUCUUGGUGAUCGGAUCUGGAUCAGCCGGUUCAGUUGUUGCCGGCAGAUUGGCUGAGGCUGGCCACCAUGUCCUCUUGAUUGAGGCUGGAGGUCCUUCCAAUUGGCUCCAAGGCAUUCCGGCGUUUGUGUCGCAUUUCAUGAGCUCACCUUAUGAUUGGAAGUACGACUUUGUACCGUCGGAAAAUGCUGGUCAAGGCGUGGUUAUGAGUAUCCCCCGGGGUAAGGUCCUCGGUGGCAGUUCAAUGCUCAAUUGGAUGCUUUACUUGCGAGGACAUCGCAAGGAUUACGACGAAUGGGAAAGCUUUGGCAAUACAGGUUGGAGUUACAAGGAUGUCCUACCUUAUUACAAGAAGAGCGAGUCGUUUUACGGCAAAGUGGAUCAGCAGGAAAACUUCCAUGGGAGUAAUGGACCCACGGGGGUCAAGCAAACGCCCCACAGACACCCAAUUAACCAUGUGUAUAACCAAGGCUUCCGGGAGAUGGGUUAUGAGUUGGGCGACCCCAAUGGCGCGUCUGAAGGAGGGUUCUUCGAGCAUGUCCAGGUUACCAUUGACAAGGACUCAUGGCGAUUGGGAACCUAUCGUUCGUAUGUGGAGCCUUUGUUGGGAAAGGCCAACAUCGAUGUGCUGACCUUUGCUCAAGCUACCAAAUUGAUCUUUGAGGGUAAGCGAGCCGUGGGAGUCGAGGUUAAUCGUUUUGGGCAGACCCUGAAAUAUUACGCCCAGAAAGAGGUCAUAUUGAGUGCGGGCGCCAUUGCGUCCCCACAUUUACUCAUGUUGUCCGGCGUUGGUCCGAAAAACCAUUUGGAACACUUGAACAUCCCGGUGAUCAAAGAUUUGCCUGUGGGCGACAACCUUCAGGACCAUUUGCACGUGUACUACCCGUUUUACAUGAACGGCACGAAAUCCGGACUGACCACCUCACCUUUCAAUGUUUUGAACCCACUGAACUACAUCGACUUCUUCCUCAAUGGGGCCGGGCCCUUGGCGGAUAACAACAUCGGAUCCAAUGGGUACUACAAUACCAAGCACAAUCCCGACCAAACCCGGCCUGAUGCCCAGAUGCAUUCAUGCGCUUAUGCCCAUGGGAAUGACUUUGGUGCUGCCAUGAAGGAUUCAUACCGCUACAAGGGAAAAUCAUGGGAAUACAUGUUUGAGCCAUACCUAGGAAUGGAAACGAGUUACUUAUUGCCCACCCUCUCCCGGCCCAAAAGUCGUGGCUUCAUUCGACUCAAUUCCAAUGACUACCAAGACCAACCCAUAAUUGAACACCGCUACGUCUCUCAUCCCGAUGACAUGAAGGUUCUGGUGGAGGGCAUGAAGUUCGCUCAUGCCAUGAAGGACACGAAAUCCUUCCAAGAGAAUGGAGUGACCCCAUUCCGCCCGGACAAAUACUUUUGUGGGGAUCACGAGCCUUAUACCGAUCUCUAUUGGGAAUGCUUUGUGCGCCAUUGGGCCUUGACUGUCUACCAUCAAUCCGGCACUUGUAAAAUGGGUCCCAAAGACGACAAGACAGCUGUGGUCGAUCCGCGAUUGCGAGUCUAUGGUUUGGAAUCCCUUCGUGUCAUUGAUGCCUCGAUCAUGCCCACCAUUGUUAGCGGCAACACUCAUGGGCCUGUGAUUAUGAUUGGGGAGAAAGGCGCAGAUAUGAUCAUUCAAGAUUGGGCCCAGUCCUCUGAAGCCAAACCUGCCGUCAAGAUACCCUCCGAUUCUCGCAAGGAUGAACUUUGAAAAUCCGAAUGCUAAAUAUAACACUUGAAUGCCUUCAUUGACUUUCGAGACAUACUUUGAAAUAAAUGUACUCGAAUUGAGGUCGAACGAUCGACCAAAAUCGUCCCGUUGCAACGGAACUUCCCAAGUAA